GAGGAUAGCGACCAGGCCGCUGGUGUGAGGGAGGUGUUGACGUAGGCAGCGGGGACUGGAGUAGUCAGUUGCCUCCUGACCUUCACCGAGUUAACAUCAUCAACUUGUCUACAGUUUAAAGAUGGCGCUGCUUUCUACAAUCUUGGGAGUGCUGGUGGUGCUUGUCGUCGGUGUGUCUUGCCAGUAUGGACCAGUUCAAGUACCUGACAUUGGACGCGUCGACAGACCUCUUCUCGGCAACAUUAUACCUAUCGACAGGUUUCCUGCCCAAAACAGCGGAUUUGGUUCUAGUAAUCAUCCUGUAGACCUUCAGACCACACAAGGCGGAUCGGUGAACUUACCCCGGGUAGUUUUAAGUCAAGCCGCUCCAUUUAGAUUUUCCAGUCAGUCGGACAUUAACUUCAACCAAGGCAGCGGUCAGGCGGCUGGAGCCGUCUUUGGACAGGGUGUAGGAAGCGGUCAGGCGACUGGAGCCGUCUUUGGACAGGGUGUAGGAAGCGGUCAGGCGACUGGAGCCGUCUUUGGACAGGGUGUAGGAAGCGGUCAGGCGGCUGGAGCAAUCUUUGGACAGGGUGUAGGAAGCGGUCAGGCGGCUGGAGCAAUCUUUGGACAGGGUGUAGGAAGCGGUCAGGCGGCUGGAGCAAUCUUUGGACAGGGUGUAGGAAGCGGUCAGGCGGCUGGAGCAAUCUUUGGACAGGGUGUAGGAAGCGGUCAGGCGGCUGGAGCAAUCUUUGGACAGGGUGUAGGAAGCGGUCAGGCGGCUGGAGCAAUCUUUGGACAGGGUGUAGGAAGCGGUCAGGCGGCUGGAGCCGUCUUUGGACAGGGUGUAGGUAGUGGUCAGGCGGCUGGCGCCGUCUUUGGACAGGGUGUAGGAAGCGGUCUGGCGGCUGGCGCCAUCUUUGGACAGGGUGUAGGAAGCAGUCAGGCGGCUGGAGCCGUCUUUGGACAGGGUGUAGGAAGCGGUCAGGCGGCUGGCGCCGUCUUUGGACAGGGUGUAGGUAGUGGUCAGGCGGCUGGAGCCGUCUUUGGACAGGGUGUAGGAAGCGGUCAGGCGGCUGGAGCCGUCUUUGGACAGGGUGUAGGUAGUGGUCAGGCGGCUGGCGCCGUCUUUGGACAGGGUGUAGGAAGCGGUCAGGCGGCUGGAGCCGUCUUUGGACAGGGUGUAGGAAGCGGUCAGGCGGCUGGAGCAGUCUUUGGACAGGGUGUAGGAAGCGGUCAGGCGGCUGGAGCCGUCUUCGGCCAGAACCAAGCUACAGUACUCGGCAGUGGCCGGUUUAGCCAGGUCAGUGUUCCUCGCGUGACUAUUGGCAGUCCGGAAGUUAGAAGAGUGGACGCACUCUUCACCCCAACUGUCACCCAAGUUAUCACCAUCGACCGCUGCGUCACUGUCACCGACCAGGCCUUCAACAGCGUGGCCGUGACCCUGACUUCCUUCAGCGUGCAGACUGUCACCGUGGGAACACGAGCGGUGUUGCAGACGCCCGUCGAUGAUCGCGUCGCUCUCCAGACAUCGGUGUUUGUCCGGCCCGGGACCGUAACAUUAACGGAGGUGAAGUCUGACUUCAGGAUCGUGACUGAAACUUCCCUAACCCACGUGACCCUCGCCCACACGUCCUACGUCAUCAGCCAGUACACCUUCACCACCACGGCCACCCAAGUACAAACAUAUACGGCGACUUUGGUGCGUACAAACGUUAGCACCCAGAGGACUACCAUCACAAACUACCGGACUGUCACCGACACUGUCUUCGUUAACAGCGGCUACGGCUACAGACCACAGUAGUCCCUUGUACAUGACUUUUAUAUUGACAUUAUACACAUAAUUCGCCAA